CCAGCCCCGAAUGCAGCAAGUGACAAACCAGAGAGCUCGCUUGCCUUGCUUGCGCCAUAGUUCAAGCUAAACACACCUGACUGCACUGCCGUGAUAUUCUGCUGCCUUGCACGCUUCCUCCUACUCUCUUCCACCACACCCACACACUGACAGCAGCAGCGGCCACGACAGCACUCACAGCAAACAGACAGUCGACUGCACAGCUUCUAUCAGCAUGGCACUCUUCAACGCCUUCCUCCAGCUCUGCCUGGCUGCCCUGACAUUCGCCGCACCACUUGAGAACAGCGAGCUGCUUCAUGCCACCAAGACCGAUGCAUGGCAAUACGGCACUGGUGGUGGUAUCAUCGGCUUCAUCGUGUUGGUGAUCGACAUCAUCAUCUGGGUUGAGCUCUUCCAGUCCAGUCGCCCCGUCUCGCAUAAGCUCCUCUGGGCAAUUGUCGUCUUCUUCUUUCCCAUCGUUGGUGCCAUCAUCUACUUCAUCUUCAGCAACCGCCAGCAGCACAAGGCUGGAGGAUACGAGCCAAUCCCUUAGGCCACAAACCGGCGUGAGAUGAAUUAGGACGUUGCCGAGCAACCUCUAUCAGCAGGGACUGCAGAACUGCGGGGAGCAAAGCAACACACGCCUGAUACAGACCAUGGUGGAGGUGGCACGUUGUUGGAUCUGGUUGUACCCAUUUGCCUGGUGCAUAAAUAUGGAGUAAUGGAUGGAGCUGUGAUCUUGAGAAAGGAGACAGCUGCUUUGGAUAACGACAGAUAAGCUAUGAAUGAUGAUUUGAUGCUAGAUUUGGGAAUACGGAUUCCUGACUGCAGUUCUUCCUCGGAGUGAGCGGGCUGGAGCGGCAAUUGAACAGCCCCUUCUGCUCAAGUGAACCACUGUUUCGAUGUAAUUGCAGGUACUUGGGACGAUUGAAUCAUUUUGCUCUAGCCAGCACCGUACCAUGUUGCAUGCACGUGGUCAAGACGGCACAGACCAUGGUAUGUGUCUAUGAAUAUGAACGGACCUGUUUCCGCGC